AUGUUAACAACCAAUGUCAAAUGUCUUGGCUACGACUGCCUACCUGAGCCCGGAAAUCUAGUAAGUGCUCCUUUUGAUCCAAAAGUUGAAAAGUUUGACUAUGCCCAAGCGACCCCCAAUCAGCCCGGUUCUGAGUUCCAACUUGAGACAGCCAUUUUAACAUUAACCAAAGUGGGAAAGACCAAUCAGGUC